AUACGUCCGUUAGCCCUACCAGCGAUUUACUCGUGCUAUCCGAGCCGCUUUCGCCCGUAGAUCCUCAUUUUGUGCCUCGCUUUCCCUCUUUGCUGCCUUUGUGGGUCGCGUUUCCUCGAUUCUUUUGGCACCUAUAAUUCCUACGGCUCAUCAAUCCGUUCACCUCGGACGCUCUUCUGGCCCCCCCCCCCCCCCCCCCACUUCCGGCCAAACCUCAACCCCUCCAUCGCGGCCGUCUUCUUCGCUCAGCGGCAGCAGCUGAGGCGCGAAGAUUUCGCUCUCUCUCGACACACAUCUUUGACAAUGGCGCUUCCCGACGACAAGGAGCUCGAGUCCAUACUCGGCGAUGGCGUCGACCUCAACACCUUCAAGCAGAUCCUCGAGAUGGACGAGCCCGGCGACAACGAGUUCAGCACAUCCAUUGUCUUUGGCUUCUUUGAGCAAGCCGAGGAGACGUUCGAAUCCAUGGACACGGCCCUGAACGAAAAGGACCUCGAAAAACUGUCAGAGCUCGGCCACUUCCUCAAGGGCUCCUCCGCAACUCUGGGGCUGAUCAAGGUGCGGGACGGCUGCGAAAAAAUCCAGAGAUACGGCAAACAGGAGAACCUCGAUGGCUCACCGGAGCCGGAUACCGAUGUGUGCCUGGAGCGCGUCAAGGAGGCGCUCACGGCCGUCAAGUCCGAUUACGAGGAGGUCGAGGUUGGGCUCAAGAAAUUCUACGACAAGGACGACGAGGAAGAAGAGGGCGCUUAA